CCGUGGCCUGUUGGUACCUGCGGACGGGCGCCCGGUGGAAAGUACCUUUUUCUCAUGAACCGUUCUAGCUCCUCGCCCUGGGCUCUCGCCAUGGACACUAUGAAAACCACCUAUAUCGUGCUGGAACUGAUCAUCGCUGUGCUGUCUAUCGCUGGCAAUGUCCUGGUCUGCUGGGCCGUGGCCAUCAACAGUACCUUGAAGAACGCAACCAACUAUUUCCUGGUGUCCCUGGCAGUGGCUGAUAUUGCCGUGGGUUUGUUAGCCAUCCCUUUCGCCAUCACCAUCAGCAUCGGAUUCCAGGCGGAUUUUCACAGCUGCCUCUUCUUCGCCUGCUUCGUGCUGGUGCUGACCCAAAGCUCCAUUUUCAGCUUGCUGGCGGUGGCCAUCGACAGGUACCUGGCUAUUAAGAUCCCACUGAGGUAUAAUAGCCUGGUGACUGGCAAGCGGGCAAGAGGACUCAUUGCUGUGCUGUGGCUCUUGUCCUUUGGAAUUGGACUGACUCCGCUUAUGGGCUGGAAUAAAGCCAUGAGCGGUUGUCCCAACGCCACCAACGAGACAGGGGCUGACACCGGGACAGAGCACCAUGGCUGCUUCAUCUCGUGCCUCUUUGAGAAUGUGGUAACGAUGAGCUACAUGGUGUAUUUCAACUUCUUCGGCUGCGUGCUGCUUCCGCUCAUUAUCAUGUUGGGAAUCUACAUUAAGAUAUUCAUGGUCGCCUGCAAACAGUUGCAUCAGAUCGAACUGAUGGGCAACUCCAGGACCACACUGCAGAAGGAGGUCCACGCAGCCAAGUCUCUGGCCAUCAUUGUCGGACUUUUUGCCUUCUGUUGGCUGCCCCUGCAUAUCUUGAACUGCAUCACUCACUUCCACGAGGAGUUCUCCAAAUCCAAGCCUGAGUGGGUGAUGUAUGUGGCCAUCAUCCUCUCCCAUGCCAACUCUGUCAUCAAUCCCAUCAUCUAUGCCUACAGGAUCAGGGACUUCCACUACACCUUCCGCAAGAUCAUUUCCAAGAUCCUCUGUAAGACGGAUGACUUCCCCAAGUGCACCACUGACAACAACCAGCACCUGACUGUCACCAACAUUAACUCUCCAGCAGCCUCUGUGACCAUAUGACCGUGCAUGUCCUGCUCCCAGGAUUUUGCAGUCUGUCCCUGACACUACCUUUCCCUGUGCCUAUGUGAACAGUUACAGCUAACUCCUAGAGGAGUGCUCAGAGAUGACCACUAUGCAGUUAUGCAGCUGUAUUUUUUUUUUUUUUAAUUUUUGUAAUUAACAUAGUGCCUCCUAGAGGAAUAACCUGACCGGGGAGACUGAGCGCAGCUCACCCUCGACUGUAAAACCAGGUUGCGUGAAUGCUGGUGAUCGUAUUGUAUUUCCUUUCCAGGUCAGACAUUGACUGUGGAAGACCCACCUGCUGGGGGUGUUUCCCCAAUUGUGCUGCUCAUGUCAAGUCCUAGGAUCUUUAUUUUAAUUAUUAUUAUUAUUUUUUA